AUGCGCAAACGCUGGCGCGGUGCCUGUCUGUUUGGACGUCGGCUGCUCAGGUUCUUCACCAGCUUCCAAGUAGAAUUGCGUGGUAACUACUCAGUCGAACGCGUCCGGAACCUGACUACGUACCACCAAACUACUUCAACGUUAUGGGCCCUGCUGGUCGCUGUGGUGUCCCCUUUUCCGUGCUUGGUCGUGGUCGCGCUGGUAGAUUGUGUCCCUCUGGCUGCACCUAAAGAAGGAUUAAGAGCGAAUUACUUGUUCUGGUUCCGCGACUACGUAUCGAUCGCCCUCAUGACGUGCGCGAUCUUGGAGCAGUUCCGGAUCAAUGUCCCUGGUCUGAAGAUCAACUCCAUGAAAACGAUCUCAAUGCCAAUCAUCUCUAGCGCCGGCGCGAUUGCAUUCAUGAUUGUCAUGGCCAGCGUCAUCGGGUUCCCGCUACCGUUUGCACUCGUGGUGGGGAUUCCGGUGUGGUUCGCCGCUCUCAUCAUU